AUGCCACUGCCUCGAAACUCCAAGUGUGCCAACGGGAAGGGGCUCCGAUCCAGCAAAACUCAGCCGGUGGAGAAUACUAGAGGCGAAAUGAUAGGUGCUAUGGAAAGUCAGGAAGCAGAUAAGGAGGAAAGUAGCCAGGCAAAGAGAUCACCAUCUUCACCUCAGGGAGCACCUAAAAAACGAUCAGCGUUUGGAGAUCUCACCAAUGCUCACCAGGCUCAGCCUACACAAUUUAAGAAGGAGGUGGUCAAGGGGACUGCUAAGAAGGUACUUAGGAGCUCGGUGACUCAUGAUCUCUCCAAAAACAAUGAGAUAAACUCAAAAAAAUUUGGCUUCAAACCCCUUUCUGAGGAAGCCUCUGUCAGCUCUGAGCCCACUGUCAAGGAAAGGCUGAUGUCUGUCCAGGAGAAGGAGCUCAAGCCUGUUCAGGAGGAGCCUAUUCUGGUGAACGAAGAACCUAGUGUUGAAGGGGCCUCAGCUUCAGGAGAACCAGGACCAAGAGAGCAGAUGCCUGGGAUGGAGGAGGAUAUUGAAAAAAUUGAAGAGGAUCCAUAUGCCAAUACAGAAUAUGCCAAGGAAAUCUUCAAGUACAUGAGAAAGAGAGAGGAGACCUUCCCAGUCUCAAACUACAUGGUCAAGCAGCAUGAUAUCAGCAAGGAUAUGAGAGCCAUCCUGGUGGACUGGAUGGUGGAGGUGCAGGAGAACUUUGAGUUGACCCACGAGACUCUGUAUUUGGCAGUGAAGUUGGUGGAUCACUACUUAAUGCAUGUGGUGUGCAUGAGGGACAAGUUACAACUGAUUGGAUCCACUGCUAUCCUGAUUGCAUCUAAAUUUGAGGAACGUUGCCCACCCUGCAUAGAUGACUUCCUAUAUAUUUGUGAUGAUGCUUAUCAGCGAGAAGAGCUUCUUUCUAUGGAAAUCAGUAUCCUCCACACCCUCAACUUUGACAUUAACAUUCCUAUUGCCUAUCGGUUCCUGCGCAGAUUUGCCAAGUGUGCUCAUGUCAGCAUGGAGACCCUGACCUUAGCCAGGUUCAUCUGUGAGCUGACCCUGCAGGACUAUGACUAUGUCCAAGAGAGUGCCUCGAAGCUGGCUGCUAGUUGUUUCUUCUUGGCCCUCAAGAUGAGGAAUCUUGGAAAAUGGACUCCCACCUUAGAACGUUACAGUGGAUACCAGAGCUCAGAUCUCUUCUCCCUGGUCAAAAGACUCAACUUCCUCCUGACUUACCAACGUCAUGACAAACUCAAGGCUGUGCGUACCAAGUACUCUCACAAAAUCUUCUUUGAAGUAGCUAAAACUCCUACCUUGGAUAUGUUGAAGCUGGAGGAGAUUCUGAAGAACUCACCCUGA